AUGGCAGACUCUACCUCUCCAGCACGAGUUCUGGUGCUAAUCUCAGGUUCCGGCUCCAACCUGCAGGCACUCAUCGAUGCCGCGAACACGGACAGACUGCCGAACGUGCAGUUUGUCAGGCUCAUCGCCGAUCGCAAGAACGCAUAUGGUCUAGAACGGGCCAAAAAGGCGAACAUCCCAACGACAUACCACGGCUUCCUUCCCUACAAGAAAGACCACCAAGACACCCCCGACUCCCCGCAAACCUCACCAGCCCGUCACGCCUACGAUGCCGACCUCGCCCACCUCGUCCUCGCCGAUAAGCCGGACAUCGUUGUCUGUGCUGGUUUCAUGAGGAUCAUGACCACGUCUAUCCUCGAUAAGUUGGCAGAGGCGAAGGUCCCGAUCAUCAAUCUUCACCCCGCCAUGCCGGGAGACUUGGUCGGAGCGCAUUGCAUUGAGAGGGCGUGGGACGAGUUUCAGGCGGGGAAGCGGACGAGCACUGGCAUCAUGAUACAUUACGUGAUCGCUGAGGUGGACAAGGGAGCGCCGAUUGAGAGUGAGAAGGUGGAUAUUACGGGCUGUGAGACUUUGGAGCAGCUGCAGGAGAGGAUACAUCAGGCGGAGCAUGUGUUGAUUGUGAAGGGCACGAAGAAGGCUAUUGAGACGAGGAGGAGGAAGCAAGGUACUUGA